UACACACUGUCGUACAUGCAAGCAAUGCUUAAAACACGAAAAACAAAAUAGAAAAAAGAGAGAGAGAGAGAGAGAGUGACGUUGGCCCUAUCGUUUUUCUGUCGGAAACAUUUUAUGUUCCCCUUUCUUUAUUGUGUUCCUUAUCCCCCCCCCACCCCUUUUUUUCCAAUUUCAACAAAGAAAUGACCAACAAUAACCGUCCAUCGCCACGACGAUCCAGAAGCACCGUUGCCCCGUUCACUGUGAAGCGAAAGCAGGUCAAUUAUGAGGCACUCGACAUGAACAGUUCACAGUGCUCCUUAGCCAGCUUGCUGUGCAAGAAUAACGACAGCAACAACAACAACAACAACGACAGCAGCAGCAGCAACAACAACAACAGCAGUCGUCCACCAGAGGACUUUACGCGCACCUUGAUAGAAAACAAAGCAGCAGCAGAGCGGAAUGCAAGAGUACAGCAGCUGGAGAAAGAACUGAAGCAAGCGACGCAUGAUCAACAGACGUGGCGCCACAAGUGUCGUUUGCUGGAGAGUGAGCGCGAAAAGUUCCAGGCAACAGUGACAGAUCAAUGCGAAAAGGAUAAAGAGCUGUUGCAAAUGGAGAUCAAGAUACUCAAAGAAGCACAUCUGAACAAAGUUCAGGAAAUGGCAAGUGCCAUGGCGCAACUGCAACGAACAGUUGCUUUGUUAAGGGAACAGCUUUCCAAGCAUGGUCUUGCAGAAGGUCGGUGUCUUCCCAUAGGCUGUGCAGGGUAGUACAAAUCAAAAUCAUGCUUAUGCACGCCACCGGCUUCUUUUUUUUGUCUUUCGGGCUAUAUUAGAGAGCAACACAAAAAGUGACGAAGCAA